AUGUCUCGUCCAAUUGUUUUAUCCGGUCCAAGUGGUACAGGUAAGUCUACUUUAUUGAAGAAAUUAUUUGCUGAAUAUCCAGACACUUUUGGGUUUUCUGUUUCUUCCACCACACGUAAUGCCAGACCAGGUGAAGUUGAUGGUAAAGAUUAUAAUUUUGUUAGUGUUGAAAAUUUCAAAAAAAUGAUUGACGAAGAUAAAUUUAUUGAAUGGGCUCAAUUUUCUGGUAAUUAUUAUGGUACCACAGUUGCAUCUGUUCAACAAGUCAUUGCAUCUGGUAAGACCUGUAUUUUGGAUAUUGAUAUGCAAGGUGUGAAAGCUGUUAAGAACAAAAAGGAAUUGAAUGCCAGAUUCUUAUUCAUUGCCCCACCAUCAGUCGAAGAUUUAAAGACUAGAUUGGUUGGCAGAGGUACUGAAACUGAUGAAUCUAUUAAGAAGAGAUUAGAUGCUGCUACAGCAGAAUUGGAAUAUGCCAAGACUGGAGCUCAUGAUCAAACCAUUGUUAAUGAUGAUUUGGAUAAAGCUUAUACUGAAUUGAAGAACUUUAUUUUUGAAAAAUAA